CUUGCUUACGCCUACAGGCACUUUGCCCGGCCUGCAUACGUAAGUAGUAUGUGUGUACACAUACACACAUGCACACACUCACACACACUCACACACACAUGUAUAGUAUAUACUUGUAUAUAGAACAUGUCGCCCAUGUGCAAGUGGCAAUGGAAUUGGCAACGUGUCAAUAGCAAUACUGGGCAUGGGGUUUGCAUAGGAUUCGGGGCCUGUAAGUCUGGUGGCUCGGUCGAGUGUGGCAGGGGAGGCGGGGGAGUUAGAGGCAAGAGGGCAAGAGGGGAAGAAAAAAAAGUAUGGUACAGACGGUGGUGAAGAGGCGCAGAUGACCAUGGCCCUUUCGAUCUAAAGGAAUCGUCCCGCGUACGUCCGCAGUGUUAGGGUAAGGUAGGGUAGGGUAGGGUAGAGUUACGAGCCAGUGGCCGAGCC